UCCCGUGAUGCACUUUGACAGGGUUGGUCCUGCUGAGCCAAGAUGGCGGACGUUGCCGAGCAGCUCACUGAUGAGGAGAAGGUCCGCAUUGCGGCCAAUUUUGUGGUCCACGCGCCACCUGGAGAAUUCAAUGAAGUUUUCAAUGAUGUCCGAGUACUGCUCAACAAUGACAAUCUACUCAGGGAAGGGGCGUCUCAAGCCUUUGCUCAGUAUAACAUGGAUCAGUUUACACCCACCAAACUAAAGGAAGAUCAGGUAUUGAUCACGGAGCAUGGAAACCUAGGAAACGGGCGUUUCUUCGACCCGCGAAACAAGCUGUCAUUUAAGUUUGACCACCUGAAAAAAGAGGCCAGCGACCUGCAGCACUACGAGUGUGAAUCAUCUCUGGAACCAUGGAGGGAGGCGUGUGAUGUUGCGCUCAGGGCCUACAUAAAGGAUCACUACCCUAGUGGAGUGUGCACGGUUUAUGCAAAAACCGUCGAUGGCCACCAAACAAUCAUUGUCUGUAUUGAAGGACAUCAAUUUCAACCCAAAAACUUCUGGAACGGUCGCUCUCGGUCCGAAUGGAAGUUUAAAAUCUCUCAGGGGACGACUCAGCUUGCGGGGGUGCUCAAGGUCCAGGUGCAUUAUUAUGAAGAUGGCAAUGUGCAACUGGUCAGCCACAAGGACAUUCAAGAGUCUCUCACCAUUUCUAAUCCAAAGCAAUCUGCAGAGGAGUUGGUGAAGGCUAUUAACAAUGCAGAGACCGAGUAUCAGACGGCAAUUAACGAGAACUACCAGAACAUGUCAGACACCACCUUCAAAGCCUUACGCCGACCGCUUCCCGUCACCCGUACCAAGAUCGACUGGAACAAGAUCCUCAGCUAUAAGAUCGGCAAAGAGAUGCAGAACGCUUAGAGCUGAGCCAGCAUGCCUCCCCCUCUGCUUACAGCACAAGCCAAGAAAUGACCUGCGAAGGGCCUAGGCUGGAGCUCGAGGCUGGGACCAGGCUUAGGCACAGGCACUUAGGACAAAUGUGCAAAGAAAUGUCCUUGUUUCCUUCUUCUUUCUUUGGUUUAGUUUUUUCCUUUCUUCCAAAAGCCAAGGUUUAACCUCAGCUAAAGAGACUGCCUCCUUAUCUGUAUUGUCAGAAGGCUGUGAGAUUGUUCUGUUGGGUGUAGCAAAGGUCCUUGCUGCUGAACCAAUACCUCCUCCAACACCAGUGCACAGGGUCAGAAAUGUUAAUACUCCCACUUUUUCACAUUCUCACCUCGCUGAUUUCUACACGUCACUCAGAGAGGGGUUUCUGUACACCAGUUUUGCUCUGUCCUUGACCAAAUGUUUAAUAUGUACUAAUGAAAACCCUUUAUAAGCA